AUGUUCAGCGGAAACGCUCUGAGUCCCAUCCUUGCGUCGGGCAUUUUGAAGCUCGAGGGUGAACGAGGUCUAAGGGGCUGGCAAUGGCUUUUCCUGAUCGAGGGUGUUUUCACAAUCUUCGUCGGGCUGUCGCUCCUCUUCCUCCUCCCAGGCUCCCCCGACACACCGGACCCGCUACUGAGCCCCGGGGUCGUCCGCUUCAAAGGCUCAGAAAGAGCAAUUCUGCAAAAACGUCUUGAGAUCGACGAUGAAGAGAAGAGAGGAGGUGCCCAAGGAAUGCAAAUUCCCCUGAAGCUCGUAUGGAAGACCAUCUUGCACUGGCAACGUUGGCCACAUUUCCUUAGCAGCUUCGCAGUAUUCUCCACGUGGAGUCCGCUGACGACUUAUACUCCGACUAUCAUCAUGUGGGUCACUAUCAAGUUCACAAGCCAGGGCCAAAUGAACCUCGGCUUCAACCGCAUCCAAGCAAACGCCCUCGCUGCGGUUGGCGCGUCUCUUGCCCUCGUUGUCGUCUUCAUCUUCGCUUACAUCAGCGACAAGACCAAUAAACGCGGAUUCUCUGUCAUUGGCGCUCAAGCAUGCUACCUAGUCGUUCUCAUCGUGGCGCGAACGGUACACCCUCACGUCGGGAAAUGGUCUCGUUGGGGCCUCUGGACGGCCGUGAACAGUUUUGCUGUGGGAUACCACCCGGUCAACAACUCAUGGGUGCAACUCAACUGCCGCGAACCCGGGGAGAGAAGUAUCAGUAUUGCGUAG